UCAGUCGUAAAUAGAUCGCCGUUCGAGCUCUUCGUUGAAAGAGUUUUCCUUCAUUUUCCUUAAUCUUUGCAAUCCUCCGCGCUUAAGAUAAAUUGUAUGAUUGCUUUAAAAAUAUUUUCUUUUUAUAAUUUCUUGGUGUUUGUGUUUAAAUAACAUAAAAUGAAAAUAGGUUUAUCAAUUAUUUUGCUUCUGAACUGUAUCGAAGUUGCUUUUCUUGGGACGCAGUUACGAAAAGCUAAUAGCACAGAGCACUCAGAACUUAGAAAUUGUUCUUUAGCCGGGCAUACCAGACAAGCAAAUUGUACAAGAUCCCGAAAACUACUUCAUUGUACCAGAGGAUUGACCAGUGAAUGGUUAAAUGGCAUUAAAAAUGACGUCAAACAUCUGAAAUUGAUGGAUUGGACAGGGCCGUGUAUUAACGUUGAUGAUAUUCAAUACCACUUUCCAAACUUACACGCGCUUGACAUUGUCAAUAGUUCAAGGCUGGUGACAUUCAAAGGGCAGUUUUCUCCAUCGAGUAAAAUUGAGAUAUUGUCUAUACAUGGCUUGACGUCAUUGUGGGAGGUACCAUCGCAAGUAGUCAGCGGGAUGUCCGAUCUUAGAGUAUUAGAUCUUCGAAGCAAUGUUUUGAGACACAUAAAAGCUUCUACUGUUAGAGGGCCAAAGAAAUUGAAGCACGUGUAUCUUAGUGAUAACAAAUGGGACUGUAGUGAUGGUGGUUUGGAUUGGCUAGCGAUGGAAAACGAAAACAGUACAACCAGGAAAGUGAUAGUUGAUUACUAUCAGUUGGUGUGCCAUCAGCAACUAUACAAAGGAAAACCCUUACACAAAGUUAUGGAUAUUAUUAAAAUGGUUCGCGUAACUUGUCCUGACCCUUGUGCUUGCGCAAUGACCCACGUGGUCUCCAAUCGUGCUGGAGUCAUCAUUCCAAUGAUCACUGCCGACUGUGCAAAGAAAAACCUUGAGACUGCACCGGAAAGCCUUCCGCCUAGUACCACCACAUUGAGACUUGAAGGAAAUAAGUUGAGCUCAAUCAGAUUGAUAGUACAGAAUCCUCAGUAUAGUAAACUGAUGGAUCUGUAUCUGGACAAUAAUAAGAUACAUGCUGUCAAGGAGCUGGAAGGGUCAGAGUGGUUUACAACAUUCAGAGUCCUGAGUUUGCGAGGGAAUUUAUUAAAGCAGAUCCCUGUUUAUGCAUUUGACAAGGCCUUUCAAGUGAACAACAAUAUAAUGAACGUGUUUCUUGGGCACAAUCCCUGGCGCUGUGAUUGUCAUUUUAUACCUCGCUUCCAGGGACUCCUGCUCAAGUACAAGAGGAUUAUACGCGACCUUCCAGACAUAAGAUGUUCGAAAUCAGAUGAUAAAACUAUUUCACAAGUACAGAUUAGUACAAUGCCACUGGGGAACGUUUGCAGCAGCAACGAAGUAAAAAUGCCAAUAAGUACAUUAAAUAUAGUUAAUUUAGUCCUUACCUUUAUUAUAAUAUUGAUACUUUCAAAAUUUCUUUAUGACUGGCACAGAUUUAGAACCACGGGAAAAUUACCAUGGAUUUCAUCCAUAUUACCUUGAUGCAGAAAUCUUAGCUAAUAAAAAUGGGCUGGUUACUUUUAAAUUCGGAGGGCCUGAGAUCCAUCAGUUGUUUUAUUUAAAUUCCAAUUGCAAAAUACUAAUGUAUUAUUUGUAUAUAAAAUUGAUAAAUAAAAGUUUAAUAGUUAUAGAAUACAGUCCACCAAAAAAAAAUUAAAAAGUUGCUUAAAAAAAUGCCAUUAUUCGACUUUCUGGUCCAUGUGUCAACAGUAUGGUCAUUUAGCAGUUUGAAAGUUUGUACAGUUUUUUUGGUUUAAACAAUAAGUUUGGAUUGGAUAUUAGAUAUUUACUGCGUACUAACAGUAUUGGAUGGGGUGUAAUGAACCUAUCGAUAUUGUUUUAGCUUCAUUUUGUCCAGAAUUCUCUUAUGCAUUUGUUUUAACUGUUUCUUUAGAAAUUUUAGUACAAGGCAGUUCAAUUCAGCGGGUUGCGAAAAGGUGGAAGAUAUUGACAGAUGUAUAAAGGUUAAACAAGUACUAAUAUACAACUUAUACAGGCUGUAUACACAAUCGGGAAAUUAUACAGGCUGUUCCAAAAGAUAGUGUCAAGCAUAUGUUCAGAAUAAGAAGAUGUCUAGGAUUACUCGUGUUAUGUGGAGACUGUCUUAAACUGUUACCUACAAUAUCAAUUUAAGAUAAUAAUAUCAUUACAAGGAAACAGAGUAACGAAUUAGAAUUAGGAUCGAGAUAGAAUUUGUGGAUUUUUAGGGUGUAGGAGUUAUUUUGUGGUUUCGAAGUGACUGAGAUUAUAAGUGCUUGUUGGGACGAGCGAAGGGAAUAGUUUAAUCAUAUUAUGAAAUAAGCUAAUACAAUGUCAUAUCAGGUUAUUAAUUAAUUAUUAGAAGUACAUACAUGUAGACUGUAAGGAGUAUAAGAAAUUAUGUAAAAUAGUGACAUGAACUUAGGUAAAUAUGUGUUAGUACUUAUGUAAUACACUAAAUAGUGUGAUCCGCGAUUUUUAAUAGUUUUUGAGUUAUUAUUACUACUGUUCGCGAAUUCUGAUUAAUCAGAGUAUAUAUUUUGUGAAAGAAAAGUCGAUUACUAAGAUAAGUGCUUGCCUUUUUUUGUUGAGUCGUCAAGCACUUUCUUGGUCAACUUUUAUCAGCAGUUUCGAAAAAAUGUGAACCAGUUGAAAUUUCCAAAGUGGAACAAUAAUAUAAUGUUUCGGUCACAAAAAUUGUAGAAGUUAUUAACAAUUCACUGAUAAAAGCAGUGGUUGCAUUCCAAAAGGAAUUCUAAAGGAAUCAAUUUUGAGAAAAUAAAUGCCUUGUGUGCCUUUUCACUGCUGGACAAAGGCUUCACCCAAAGAUCUCCACGACGAUCGACCCUGCGCUGCCCUCAUCCAACGUAUUCUGGCUAUCUUGUCCAGAUCAUCGGUCCAUCUUGAGGGGGCCUACCAACACUGCGACUUCCGGUACGUGGUCGCAUUAUUUAUUCUUUUUCUUAAUUACUCUUAAUACAUAAUAUUUCUUAUAAACUGAUUACUCUGUAAUAUUUGCAUAUUAUUAACUUUUGUUAUUGAAUGUACAUGAGAUAAAAUCUAUUCACUUUUGUAAGCGCUUGUACUUUUAAGCGACCAUUUGAUAGCGACUAUUGGAAAUCAUUGUUUAGAUUGAUAUUCUUAGUAAUUUAACCACUAAAUUGAAGUCCAUGUUAUUGUUUGUUUAGAUUACUAUUCUAGUUAAUGUUUACAUUAUAUUGAGUUAUUAGGUCCUCCACCCGGCCAUAUAGGCAGUUCCUCAUAGUUCUUCAUAGCUCAUGGUUCCUCGAGUAGCUCUCGUAGUUGAAGUUCCUUCAAUAAGUUAUUGAGAGUUAGUGUAAGAGUUGUGAGUAAGUGCAUUUUAAUAAACUCUUAUUUCGCCGUAA